CAAAAAAAACCCCACUAGUUUGAGUUUGACUGCACACGGAAAAAAUAACAAGGAAAUUCUUUAAUCAUUAUUGAUUUUCUCAUGCAGAUAAGAUACCGGACUAGUGAUUUUUAUUUUACCCUCUUUGUUGUAAGUAAGAAACAAUUAUAAUUAACAGAAUUUCAUUGAGAAAAGAAUACUUGACCAAAUUUUUUAAUUACUUCUGUGCUACCACCAAAAAACAAAUUAAAUAAAUAAAGUAAAAAACAAGAGAAAGAAAGAGAACACAAACUGAAAUUAUAGAUCCGAAAUCAUGAAAUAAGGAUGGGGCCAAAACGGAACCCAUAUCCCGGAAAUUUGUUGAGUCCGAGUUGGUUAAUCAACGGAGUUUUAUUGGUGCCAGAAAAGUCAACGGUCAACAAUUUUCUGUGCAUUUUUCCAUCAUCAUGGCCGGAAAAUCCCCCGAAGAACAGCAUCCCGUCAAGGCUUAUGGAUGGGCUGCCCGUGACCCUUCAGGAAUUCUUGCCCCCUUCAAGUUCUCCAGGAGUCAUGGCUAAUUAACAGAGAUCACCCGUUUUUGAUGAUUUUACCAAAGUUGCAUUUAGCAAGGCCGAUUCUCCUCAUAAAUCCCAUAGAUCAAGUCAGAUGGUUCAUAACGUUGUUUCUGACUGAUUACUUUUUGAGUGAUUUCUGCCCCCUCCGAAUUGGAAGAUGUGAUCUCUUCAUUUUCUGGGAACUGACGAGUGAAAGUAUUAUUUGUUAUUUGUAAUUAUUUUUAAUUUUCUGUUUCUGUGGGGACGGAAGGGUUUUACAGAACAACCCUGAUCUAAUCAGCUAUUAUUAUGUUCAUUUCAUAGUGAAAGCUUUAUUUGAUCUCUUGAUCUGUUGUUAUUCAAGGACAUCUCAUUCAGUAGUACUAUUAAUCUUCAAUUUUUAUUCGGUCUGGUACCCUUUACUGUUGUCGGUCCAACCUUAAAUUAUGUAGUUACGUAAAUCGAACGCAUUCGUGUUAUUGUUCUUAGACUUUAGUGUCUGCCGCUCACUACAGAUCCAGUAAUGUCUAUCGAUUCAUUAUUAAACAUAUAAAAGCACUGAAUAAUUCUUAAUUUUGUUUCCUUAAUGUCGCUUUUUCUUCAAUUCUUUUACUUGAACGGAGAAGAUUGCUGAACUGAAAGGAUUCUUUGUGUUUUUGCAGGGCAACCCGCGACGUCGAUGUCAGAUUUAAGGUCCUAUACUGUGGUAUCUGCCACACCGAUCUUCACUUCAUCAAGAAUGAUUGGGGAUUUACUACAUACCCACUUGUACCUGGGUAAGUUACAUGGCCGUUCUUUAAUAUUGGUUUACUGUUCAUGUAUGAAGCAGAAUUGAAUUAAAUCUGGCUAUAGUUUUUGUAAUAAUUCUAAUUCUCUUUCAAUUGAGCUUUGUUGCAGGCAUGAGAUGGUUGGUGAAGUUACAGAGGUAGGAAAAAGUGUGACAAAAGUCAAAGUUGGAGAUAAAGUGGGAGUUGGGUGCUUGAUUGGAUCAUGCAGGUCUUGCGAUAGUUGUGCUCAAGACCUUGAGAAUUAUUGUCCUAAGCAAAUUCUUUCUUAUGGUUCCCCUGACUUUGAUGGAACCCCAACUUAUGGAGGCUACUCUAACGAGAUGGUCUGCGACGAGCACUUUAUCAUCAAGUUCCCCGAGAGCCUGCCACUUGCUGGUGGUGCACCAUUGCUCUGUGCUGGUGUCACUGUUUACAGUCCAAUGAAGUACUACGACAUUGCCAAACCAGGAAAUCACAUUGGAAUUAAUGGGCUUGGUGGGCUUGGUCACGUGGCUGUUAAGUUUGCCAAGGCUUUGGGUGCCAAAGUCACUGUUAUCAGUACUUCUGAUAGAAAGAAGGAUGAAGCUCUUAACCAUCUGGGAGCUGAUAACUUUUUGGUCAGCCGAAAUCCUGAAGAGAUGCAGGCUGCUGUUGGAACAUUGGACGGUAUUCUUGAUUGUGUCUCUGCUAAGCAUGCAUUGCUGCCGUUGCUUGGUUUACUCAAGACUCAUGGAAAGCUCAUUACUGUUGGAGCACCAGCUGAGCCACUCGAGCUUGUACUUUCUCCACUGAAUAUGGGAAGGAAGAUGAUUGGUGGAAGUUACAUUGGAGGAAUUGCCCAGACUCAAGAAAUGAUUGAUCUUGCUGCAAAACACAACAUCACUGCUGAUAUUGAGAUUGUAGCAAUGGAUCAAGUGAACACUGCAAUGGAGCGACUUCACAAGGGUGAUGUCAGAUAUCGCUUUGUGAUUGACGUCGCCAACACCUUGAAAGCUCCUUAAAUGAAUCCGGUGAUUAGACAUGUUGUUUAGUCUGCUUGUGAAUUUGCUUGCAUAGCUUUGGGAGUAGUAUGUGGUUUUUAUAUUCCCCAAGGUCCUGUCUCUGUUUGUUAUUACCAGUGAGUGUUGUUCUUUCUUUCUCUUUUUUUUUUUUUUUUUUUUUUGAAGUUUCCAGAAAUAAGUGGAGGCAAAUGCCAUAUUCUGUAGUUGGAAAUUGGCCAUUGCUUUAAACGCAGUUGAGAUAUGAUCAUAUUCAGCAUUUUCUGUUCUUUGUGUUUUUUUGUUUGGUUAUUCCUUUUUGUCACCUCCAUGUUAACCUUUGCACUCAUAGUUGUAAUACUAAUAAUGGUGUUCUUUCAGUUUUGGCUUUCGCUCUCUCACUGAUUGAUUUCCAAGUCAUUCAGUGUUUCUUUUGAUUGUAUCGGGAUCAAUCGAAUGAAACAGCAAAUUAGUUAAGGAUAGAAAGGCCCACAAGAAUAAAAGGGCCAAUCAUGAUAGGCUAAAGUCUACUACUCCCAUGAUGAUUCAGAAGGAAAUCAACAAAAAACUGACAAGUUGUGAAAAACGUGUGAAGAUCCUUACUAUGUGUAUUAGAUGCCACUCAAGAGGUCCAGUGUUCAGACAACUUUUUCUGGCUAUCAUUUUCUUAAAGGCAAGACAAAAGUACCAGUUGUGGGAUGUUUUGAAUUCUCGAUUAUUCAAAUUUUUCUUUUGAGUUCAAACGAAUAUAUAUUAUUCAUAAAAAAUUAAAACGGCAUCCAUUGGACAAAUAUAUUUUUCAUUUGGGGUGACAUGGUCUUGUUCCUCUUUGUUCAAUGGGCUAGAAAGCAAAAGCAUGAAUUCUUUAAGGGGUUUUUCUAGCUCCAACCUUUAGUUCUUUCAGCCACUAGUUUUCAAUUUUAACUAUUUUGUCCAUGUCAUUUGACCAAACCAAAUUGAAGGAGAGAGAGAGAGGA